AUGGAGAGACGAGCACAGGCCGCCGAGGCCCUGCUUGCUCGCUCCAGCGGCCAAGAUGCCCUGACGUAUGCCAUCCGUGCUGCCGAGCUGUACAUGGCCGCAGCGGGCGAAGCUUCUGACAAGUCUGAUGCCGCCCGACUGAGACGCAGGUGCCGCGAGCUCAUCGUCCACGCCGAGAAGCUCAAGGCGCAGAUUGCUGCAGCUGCCCAACCGUCCCUACCGCCCCAGCCCGACAUCUUGCGCCGCGCCUCGCGCCUGCACGGCAAUGAUUUCCCUCCUUGGAGUUCCCACCCCUCGGACGACGACUUUGCCCUACGCCCCGGCGCGGCCCAGUUUAGAGAUGACGCCGCGUUUCCGCUCUCGACAACGCAGGCCGAGAACUUUGCGGGCUGGAAAAGGCCGGCCGAAGUGUUCCAGCUGGACGCAGUCCACGAAACUGCCGACGAGGGUACCAUGAUGCAGCUUCCGGAUCGCUGUGACUUGGUGCAGGACAUCACCACUGACUGUUCCGUCGUCGCCAGCCUGUCGGCCGCAGCCAAAGUCCUCGUCGGAAAGCAUGCCGUACUUGCAUCAAUAGUGAACCCGUACGACCACGAGCAAGGCCGUCCGAGGCUCUCGCCAUCGGGCAAGUAUGUGCUGCGCAUGAACUUCAACGGCUGUGCGCGCCGCGUUGUCAUCGACGACACGCUCCCGGCAUCGCGAACCGACCGCGCUCUCUUCGUGGUUGACAGGCGAAACCCUCAUCUAUUAUGGCCGGCCCUCCUUGAAAAGGCAUAUCUUAAAGUUAGAGGAGGCUAUGACUUUCCUGGCAGCAAUUCGGGAACUGACCUUUGGGUGCUCACCGGCUGGAUACCCGAGCAGCUGUUUCUUCAACGCGAGGACUUCGAUCUCGAUGAGACGUGGGAGCGCAUCAAGGCUGCCCACGAAUCCCACGACAUCGUAUUCACGUUAGGCACAGGGCGGAUAUCCGCUGAAGAAGAACAGUUGAUGGGCCUCAUUGGCGAGCAUUGCUACGCCGUGGAGGACCUCGCCGUCGCCGCAGACGGUGCCCGCAGUUUGCUCAUCAAGAACCCUUGGUGCGAUGCGCCACUCAUGGCCGGGACGGGCCGGCAUGGGAGUCAAGGAGCCGAGAAGGACAACACCACGUGGAUGGCCAUCGAAGACGUCGCUCAGCACUUUGAGUCCAUGUACCUCAACUGGAACCCUGGCCUUUUCGCUCAUCGACAGGACCACCACUUCGCGUGGGACAUUCCCCCCAAGUAUCUAGGAGGGUCCGUUGUGCGGAACCCCCAGUUCUCCUUUUCCUCGCCGACCGGAGGCACCGUCUGGGUCCUGGUGAGCCGGCAUUUCGUCGAUGCGGAGCUGGAGAUAGCCCGUAAUCGUCACGGCACCAUGGCCGCGGUCGCUCGCCAGCUCGGCUUCAUGAGCAUCCUCGUCUUCGACAACAAGGGGAAGCGCGUGCAAGUCAGCGACGGCGCGACCUACCGUGGGCCGUACGUCGACUCGCCGCAAACGCUGGCGCGCCUCGAGACAGCCCCUGGCACGCAGUACACGCUCGUUGUCGAUCAGCACGAGUUCCCCCUGUCCAGCUACACCUUCACCCUCUCCAUAUUCUCGCACACAGAGCUCGCAGUCCGCGAGGCCGAGGAGAGCAUGUCUCAUUUCACUGAGAAGACCGGCUCCUGGGGUCGACGAACCGCCGGCGGGAACCCGUCCUGCCCAACGUAUUACCAAAACCCACAGUACAAGCUCUCCAUCAACAGGGCGAGCCCCCUAUCGAUCCUGCUGUCCACCGACAGUACCAAUGUCCACGUUCACAUUGACCUCAUAUGGGCACGCGGGGAGCGAGUGUCAACGAUACGCGUCAAAGACCUUGUCGCCUCCUCGGGCGAGUACCGCCGUGGCUGCGCCGUAGCUGAGGUGCCCGAGCUCGAGGCUGGCGACUACACCAUGGUCUGCUCGACCUUUGACGCGGGCCAAACGGCAGACUUUGCCGUGCGCGUCGCCUCCAUGGUGCCCGUCGCCCUCAGCCCCAUUGCCGCCGACGGAGCCGGCAGGCUGCGCACGGCCCUGGGCGCCUUUCGCCUUUCCGAAGGAGACGAGAAGAGCCGCAUCCCCCUGCACGCGUCGUGGCUGACGCGGGCCAGCGUCUCCAUCCGCAGCGUGCUGCCGCUCGGCGCCGAGGAAGGCGGGCGGCAGGCCUCGUCCCUCAUGGUCCGGGUAUCGGUCGUGCAGGGCUCCGGGCCGGCACAGGAGACGGUGGUCGUCUCGGGCAACGGCGAGUUUCAGGACCCUGUCACGGCUAUCCGCACUCCCGACUUCGACAUCGACCCAGCCACGGCGCAGAGUGCGGGCCUGUGGCUCGUUGUGGAGUGCAUCGGCACCCACCAGACGGCGUGGGCCGUGGACGGAGAGAUCCUCAGCGACUCUCCCGUGCAGGUCGGGGUUUGGGAGCCGUUUUGA